UCUUGUCAGCUCAAAAACUAAAGAUUUUCUGCAAUAUACUUGCAAGAAAAAGUGAAUGCAAUUGUUUUCAACGCUGCCUGAACGUUUAAAAAAGAGUCUGAGCGAAAUAAUUUCAAGGUCACGUGACUUCAUUCGGCGACAGAAAAAUCAAGAUGGCGUCGUUGUCAAACUUGUCGCGAGUUGCUCUCAAAAUACAGCUCAAAACCGUUGGUGUGAGGACCCUGGCAUCUACCGCUGCACAAUCAACCAAGAGUAAGAAGACGCUAGCCAAGCCAAAUAUUCGCAAUGUUGUUCUUGUUGAGGGUGUCCGGACACCGUUUCUGCAGUCAGGCACAGAUUACAAGAAUCUCAUGCCUCACAAUCUGGCUACAAAGUCUCUUGUUGGGUUAUUGAAGAGAACAGGAGUUGACAAAGACCUGAUAGACUAUGUUGUGUACGGGACUGUGAUCCAGGAGGUGAAGACCAGCAACAUUGCCAGAGAGGCAAUGUUAAGUGCAGGGUUCUCUGACAAGACACCAGCCCACACAGUAACUCAGGCCUGUAUCUCCUCAAACCAGGCUAUAACAACAGGAGUUGGUUUGAUAGCGGCAGGGCAGUGUGAUGCAGUUAUAGCUGGAGGGGUGGAGUUUAUGUCUGACGUCCCCAUACGCCACAGCCGUAUGAUGCGUAAGAUCAUGCUUGACUCGACCAAGGCAAAGACCCCUGCCAAGAAGUUUGCCCUGCUGAAGAGGGCUCUUUCUCCAGCCGCUUGGUCACCUGAGCUGCCAGCAGUUGCUGAGUUCUCUACUGGAGAGACAAUGGGUCAUUCAGCAGACAGACUGUGUACAGCUUUUGGAAUCUCUAGACAGGCACAGGAUGAAUUCGCCAUAAGGUCACACCAGUUUGCUGCCGAUGCCACAGCAGCUGGUCUGCUGACUGACCUUCUGCCAUAUAAAGUACCCAAGGUAGCAGAAUACAUUACCAAGGACAAUGGAAUCAGACCAUCUUCAAUGGAACAGAUGUCCAAACUAAAAGCAGCGUUCAUCAAGCCUUUCGGAACAAUCACAGCUGCUAAUGCAUCCUUCCUUACUGACGGUGCAUCUGCCUGUCUGAUCAUGUCGGAAGAGAAGGCCCUCUCUCUUGGUCUCAAGCCAAAGGCGUACCUGCGUGAUUUUGUCUAUGUUUCCCAGGACCCCCAGGAUCAGCUGCUGCUUGGCCCAGCUUAUGCUACUCCGAAGGUUUUGGACAAGUCUGGCCUCAGCAUGUCAGACAUUGAUGUCUUUGAAUACCAUGAAGCAUUUGCAGGUCAGAUUCUCGCAAAUUUGACGGCUCUCGACUCAGAUGUUUUUGCAAAGAACUUCCUUGGAAAAUCAUCUAAGGUGGGAGCACCAGCCAUGGACAAGUUCAAUCUGUGGGGAGGGUCCCUUUCGCUGGGCCAUCCAUUUGGAGCGACAGGGGUGAGACUGGUCACCACUGCAGCCAAUAGGCUUAUCAAGGAAAACGGACAGUACGGCCUGGUGGCUGCCUGCGCUGCUGGAGGAAUUGGCCAUGGUAUGAUUGUGGAGCGCUACCCUUAACUUCGGAUGAAACCAAGACUAUAAUUAACCAUGCAAUGUCUGUGAUGCCUGAACAACUAGACUGACACUUGACUUGUGAUUAUCAUUAAUGACAACAUAAAAAGCAGAUCUGUGUGCAUAAUAAAUAGUGGAAGUUGGCCUUGACAGAGCCACAUAAUGCUAUUGCCGUUUUUCUGCUGUUUAAGCUAUAUUAUGAAGAAUAAGAAGAUUCUUGUUGAAUUCUUGUUUAAUUUGACAAGAGCAUUGGUCUGUAUUUUAAAUAUUGGUGCAUGAUGAGUUACUAUGUAAAAAAAAUGCUGUAUUCUACAUAAGUACCUCCGGUACAUGAAAAUAAAAUUGUUAUGUUCACUAUUAUAUUAAUUAUAAAGAAAAAAAAAUUAAACAAUUUUAUUAUCUUGUCAUUAAUUAAUUUAGUCCAGGAUUCAGUUUUUCAAGUUAUUAAUAUUCUGUUAACUUGAUAGAAAUAUCAUUUAGCUGAUGAAUGAAUGUUUAAGAUAUAUGUGCUAUAUAUAAAUAUACAUGUAGGGGCGUGAGUAAAUGACUGUGUUCAUUUCAGAUUUAUUUAUAUUCAUGAAAAUAUAUUACUGUAUGUAAAUAUCUGUACUACCUUCAUUUCAUUGAAAAUGACCAAUAAAAUUGUAAAAUGUU